AUGUCGGAUCAACAUGGCCGAGAUUGGACGGAGGAGGAGAAGUAUGCUCUGCUCACUGUGAUAUUAAGAAACUCCGGCGUGCCUUCAACGUCUCUCUUUGGCAUCUUUCGACAGUUCAAUGUUUCACCACCAUGGCCAGAUAUGCCAUUGCCGCCAGGCCGCUCCCUAAACGAAUGUCGACAACAAUUCGAAUCAAUGUGGCAGACGCAUCAGUCCCAACCGUCCUACCGUCAACCAGAGCCAUGGCAAGGCCCUCUUCCACCAGCUGCAUUUCCCGCCAUGAAUCCCGGCCCGUCGCAUGCGGCUCCUCAUCAAGCCCCUCAUGAACCAUUCGGAUCACGAAAAAGGCCGUUCUACCCACCAGAGAGGCCCUCGACGUACCCACGCAUCCAACCACGGCCCCCGCUUGGUGGCGGUCCAUUCAGCAGCGAAAGUGGCUCACCAGUGCCGACAUCUCCAGGCUGGACGGAGGGUGUUCCAGGAAAAAGUGCGGAGCCUCCUAGAAAACGAGGUCGGCCGAGCAAAGCAGAAUCGGAACGACGCAAAGCAGAGGCGGAAGCCCGAGGCGAGAGUUACCCCCCGCCGCGACGCAGGACAUCGAUGGGAAAGUUGCCGGCUACGCCUUCAGGCGCAGCUAGCGCUACAAGCGAUGGUUCAAUGGUAUCACCAAUGCAGACAGCACAAACACCGGAAAUGCCGAAGCACGAACAACCACUAGAGACUGUGACAAAAGAUGUAUCGACAGACCAAGCUAAUCGUGCGAGCCCGCUUGCCUCCGAAGCACCAGAUACAGAUCCCGUAAGAGGGAUAAUUAGGUCCCAAGCCAACCAAGACCGAAGGCUUCCACUACCGCAUGAAUUUGGUGCAAGAACUUCACCCCAUGAUCCAAUAUAUUCUCAAGCUAGAGCUUUAGAACAUCCGUAUCAUAGCCUGUCCACAUCGCGACCGGAGGAGAAUGCCACGCAACCAACGGCGGCACGUCAAAUCAUCCAACAUUCGGAAGCGGUACCUAGUUCUGGCGGAGGGUACCUGCCAGCAAUAUCUCAUUCAGCAGGAACGACGACUUGA